AAGGAGAAGGGAUCAGGAGUGGGAGCUGAGGGGAGGGAGAGGCGGGUCCGGGUCUGGUCGCAGCCGCUGCUCGCCCGAGGUGUCCAGGCCGGCUCGGUCCUCGGCUCCUGGGCACCAUCUGCGAGGCUCCGCCGGGCCAGCGUGGGAGAGCCGCAGGCGGCGGCCGCCGCAUCAUGUCAGCCAAGGACGAGCGGGCCAAGGAGAUCCUGAGGGGCUUCAAACUAAAUUGGAUGAACCUUCGGGAUGCUGAGACAGGGAAGAUACUCUGGCAAGGAACAGAAGACCUGUCCGUCCCUGGGGUGGAGCAUGAAGCCCGUGUUCCCAAGAAAAUUCUCAAAUGCAAGGCAGUGUCUCGAGAAUUGAACUUCUCUUCAGCAGAGCAAAUGGAAAAAUUUCGCCUGGAACAAAAAGUUUACUUCAAAGGGCAAUGCCUAGAAGAGUGGUUCUUCGAGUUUGGCUUUGUGAUCCCCAACUCCACAAACACCUGGCAGUCCCUGAUAGAGGCAGCGCCCGAGUCCCAGAUGAUGCCAGCCAGCGUGCUAACCGGGAAUGUUAUCAUAGAGACAAAGUUUUUUGACGACGAUCUUCUUGUAAGCACAUCCAGAGUGAGACUUUUCUACGUUUGAGAGAAGAAUGUGUGUGCAUUUCAAGAAUAUGGUUUUUUUAGGGGGAAGGAGAAAACUGUUUACUUUUUUCCUCCAUACAUUCGAUUUUUGACACUUCCACCCCUAAUUCCCUCUACGGCAAAACCCACCUGCAGCCACCAGGGGACCAGCUCUGUGUAGGUAACCAGAAGCCUUUUUUCUCUCAAGCCACCACCUUCCACUGACCAGACUAAACUCCCAACCCCAGACCAGGGCAGAGGGGGAGUCUGGACUCCUUCCUGGAGCAGACACGGGGACAAACACACCAAGAGCCGUGCCCGUCACCCUCCCUGCCUCUUCCUCGGGCCCUGCAGGCAACACAUCUUCCUUUGGCCCCUGGUUUUGGAAAAAUUCAUGUUCCUGACCCACGUUUAGUAUUUUCCUACCAUUUCUAUUUCAUACAUUCUCAUUCAUUUAACUUGUAAAAUAGACUGUGAUAUUAUUAUUACGUAAUGAAUUAAAACAUAUGAAUUAAAAUAUUCCUACGUCUUUA